AAGCAAAAAGAAAAAACAUACAACAGCCGGUGUUCGCCAAUGGUCACCCAUUUGACUACUAAUCUGCCGGUUAGUGGCUUGUCUCUGGGGGAGCGGACGGGACCCCGAAUUUUACACUACCUAUGGUCGUAUGUGGGAUAUUCAUGGGAUAAAGUAGAUUAUAGAGCCUCUAAGAGAAGUGGUAGAUCCUUUAGAGAGGUAUCGCAAAGGAAAUGCUUAAUCUCUCCCCUUUUCAGUCUGCUCGCAACACGAAUUAUUAAAUUAACUUCCACUCUUUAA